AUGUUGAGUUCUAAGGGAGAUGGAAAUGGUAAUGGUGGAGAAGGCAACACCAUCCCCAAUCUGAAGAAACGAUCUUGUGGAUGUGUGAAAGAUGAUUUCUUACCAGAAGAAUCAUUCAAGAGCUGGUCAAAUUAUGGAAAAGCCUUACUUCAAACUAAAACACGUCUGAAAGACCGUUUUCUGGCAAGAUCAUCGGACCAACUUGAACUUAAUGAUAUGAGAGCUCGAAGCCAGAACGAAAUGAAGAAAACCCUCAAUUGGUUCGAUCUCAUUUGGUUCGGUAUCGGAGCGGUCAUGGGUGCCGGAGUUUUCGUCCUCAGCGGUGAAGCUGCCCACGAUUUAGCCGGUCCUGCUCUUCUCUUGUCAUAUCUUAUUUCCGGCUUUGCAGCUUUACUCUCUGUCCUCUGUUACACCGAAUUUGCAGUCGAACUUCCGGUGGCCGGCGGCUCAUUUGCUUACCUGAGAGUUGAGCUUGGUGACUUCAUAGCUUAUAUUGCCGCCGGAAACAUCCUCUUAGAUUACGUUGUCGCCGGCGCCAGCGUCGCCCGUUCCUGGACGUCAUAUUUCGCAACAUUAUGCAACCAUGAUCCCGAUGAUUUCCGGAUAAACAUUACCUCUCUAACCAAGGGUUUCAACCACUUAGACCCGAUUGCAGUCGGCAUCUCGAUGAUCAUUUGUGUAAUUGCAUCAUUCAGCAUCAAGGGUUCAUCGAGGUUCAAUUCAAUUGCGACCAUAACCUACAUGACUUUAAUGGUGUUCAUACUCGUGGCCGGAGCUACAAAGGCCAACACCUCCAAUUUCCAACCGUUUUCCCCUUUCGGUCUUCGGGGUGUUUUGAAGGCUUCGUCUGUGCUUUUCUUUGCAUACGUUGGGUUCGAUGGGGUUGCGACGCUUGGAGAAGAAACCAAGAAUCCGGGGAGAGAUAUUCCGGUCGGGCUAGUCGGAUCGAUGAUGGUUGUGAUCACGAUUUAUUCACUUCUAGCGACCGUGUUGUGCCUGAUGCAGCCGUACAACCAAAUCAACCGAGAUGCACCCUUCUCCAUUGCAUUCCAAGCUGUUGGAAUGAAUUGGGCGAAAUAUAUAGUUGCUUUAGGUGCGUUAAAAGGAAUGACCACGGUUCUGUUGGCUAAUAUCAUCGGUCAAGCUCGGUAUUUCACUCACAUCGCUCGAACCCACCUGGCUCCACCCAUUCUUGCGGUGAUACACAAGAAUUACGGCACACCCAUGACUGCCACCAUCGUCAUGACCGCCGCAAACUGCCUCGUCGCGUUCUUCACGAGCCUUGAUAUCCUGGCGAACCUUCUUUCAAUCGCCACUCUCUUCAUUUUCUCCCUGGUGGCAAUUGGGUUGAUCGUGAGACGAUACUACUCGACUGGGGUGACGUCAGAUUCCGACAGAAACAAGCUGAUCGCGUUACUGAGUCUGAUCAUAUCUUCGGCUAUCGGGCUUUCGAUUCUUUGGGCAUUGAAUGUGAACUUUUGGGAAGGAUACGUGAUUAUGGGUGGGGUUUGGUUUUUUGCCACUUUGGGCCUUCAGUUGACGGUGAAGCAAGCCAGAAAGCCGAAGCUGUGGGGGGUGCCGUUGGUUCCAUGGCUGCCGUCGGCGAGCGUUGGUGCUAAUGUGUUCAUCAUGGGCUCGAUUGAUGGAGCUUCUUUCUUGAGGUUUUUGGUGUGGACUGGUUUGCUGCUUGUGUACUACUUUUUUAUUGGGUUGCAUGCUUCUUAUGAUGCAUCGAAGGAUGAUACGAAAUUGGUGGUUAAUGGCGGUGGAGGUGGCGGAGGAGUGUCGGCAACUUCUGAAGCUGUGGAACUGAGAGCAAUAAGCACUAGAAGCACAUGA